AUGGCAUUUGGCUUUUUCGCAAUGUGGUUCAUUUUAUUAUGCAUAUGUUGUAGCCUUAUGAUAAGCUAUAACCAUGGCAUCGUCGAAGCAGCCGGGACACUAAAAAAUGUUGAAGAUUUGGAUACAGAGCAAGAACUUAAGAUUAUUAACAAGCCUGCUGUUAAACUCAUCAAGUCUAUAGAUGGUGAACGGUAUGGGUGCGUGGAUUUCUGCAAACAACCAGGAUUUGACCACCCAUCUAUGAUGAAUCACACAGUCUUUCAUGAUAAGAUGCGUAUGAUAUCAUACCUCGAAGGAUCGAGAAAGCAUAGAGAGAAACUCAGUAAACAAAACUUUGGUCACUUAUGGGAGAAUGGCGUAGGUUGCCCUAUUGGUACGGUUCCUAUACGUAGAGUCACUAAAAUGGAUCUCUUGAGAUUGAAAACGCUCGGUGCGGACAAAUCUAAUCCUCGUGGUUCAUGGAACAAUGCUUUUGAACCUAUGCUUUCCAGUAAUGAUCAUCACUUUGCUGUGACACGGACAAAAAGGGAACCAAAGAUUUACAAUGGAGCGGGAAUGCGUGUUGCUAUUUUUACUCCUCUGGUUGGACCAAAUCAAAUCAGCUCUACUCGAUUGCACGUUCAGAUCGGAAGUGAAUUCAUCCAAGCAGGUUGGACCGUAAACCCCCUAUUGUACCAGGGAGUCACAACUCGGCUAUUCGUUUUUACUAACGCUGGAGGACAUCAGUGUUAUCAUUCCAGAUGUCCCGAUGGAGCCGGAAUGAUAUUGGUCCGUGAAGAUAUUGCUCCAGGAAUACCUCUUGAUCCGCAAAACGUACAAGCUAUUGACAUCGCCAUAAUCAAGGACCAAAGCAGCGGGAACUGGUAUUUGUACGUGUCGAAUGAAGAAAUUGGGUUCUGGCCAGCGAGCAGGUUCAAAGAGAGCUCCGGGACAGGGGUAGAAUGGGGAGGUGAAGUGUACAGUCCUUUAUCAUCUCCAAGUCCUCCCAUGGGUAACGGACGUUUUCCGGUGGGGAACCCUCACUACGACUCAUAUAUACGUGAUAUCUCCAUUAUCGACGAAAAUUAUAAGACAGAUAAUACUGUGGGGAACACGGAGUCUUAUACGGACAACAGUCAUGGUUAUAAAGUGAGAGACUCAACAGAAACAUGGUGGAAAGUAGGUCAUCUUGUCGUUUAUGGAGGCCCCGGCAAAAUUUAG